AUGGGGACCAACAUCGGCAAAUUCACAAAAAGCGGCAAGUUCCAUCUCACGAUUCAGGCCUUGAAUCUGUUGGCUGCUAAUGCGAAGCAUAAAGUGUGGCUAAAACCCACUUCGGAGAUGUCGUUCUUGUACGGGAACGAUGUCGUGAAAGGUGGGUUAGGCAGGAUUACUGAUAACAUCAAUGCGUAUGACGGGGUGGUAGUGUUUUCUAUGUCGGAUUUGCCUUUGGGAUUUGGGAUUGCUGCGAAAUCGACUCAGGAUUGUAGGAAGAUGGACCCUAAUGGGCUUGUGGUUAUUCGUCAGGCUGAUACUGGGGAGUAUUUGAGGAAUCAAGACGACCUUUGA